CUUUCCGUUUAUUCCCUCGGUUCUUUAAGUGUAUAUUAUUUUCCCAUUUAAUGCUUAAAAACGUUGAACAGCAGCUGCACAUGAUGCUCUUUUGGCCAGUCUAAGGCGGUGGAGGUGUACCGUCUGAUCACUAGAAACUAUGAGAGGGAAAUGCUGGAUAAAGCUAGUCUGAAGCUCGGGCUGGACCGUCCCGUCCUGCAGAGCAUGAGUGGCAACAACAACGGGCCGGUCCAGCAAUUCUCCAAGAAGGAGAUCGAGGACCUGCUGAGGAAAGGAGCCUACGCCGCCAUAAUGGACGAGAACGACGAAGGCAACCGCUUCUGCAAGGAGGACAUCGACCAGAUCCUGCAGCGAAGAGCCACCAUCAUCACCAUCACCAGUUUGCUUCAAGCAGUGGCUGCACGAGAAAGACGUGGAGGACCAAGAAAUGCUGGCCAGAUUGGCAAAGAUCGGAAGACACAUAACAGAGAAGAUAAUGGAUAUUAA